AUUUAAUAUCAAAUAUGGCUGGAGUCUAGUGAUAUUGCAUAAUAUUUUUUCUUAUAAAUGAAUAUCGCUUUUUAUAUUUAAGAAUAGUGAUUUAUGUACACCAACCUGUGUCCUUAAAACACGAAUGGACUUUUCCAAAUUCAAAGGUUGACGGCUCCGUUACUUGAUUUCACCUUGUUAAGGAAAUUCAAUACUCUAUCUAAAAAUACAUCCAUGCAAAACAUAUUAGGAAACCAGUUUUCAAAUCGGCGAUUUUUCAAGUUUUUACACUUUUAUGCUUUGUAGAUUAAAGAAUUAUAGUACCAGAAGCUUCGACAUAAUAUAUCAGGUAGUGGGAGAUUCAGCUGUUCGAGGAACGCUAGCUGCCCUCCAUGAUGUGUCACGUGACCUCCCACAAUGCCUGUCACCCUCUCAUUGAAAACACAGCAGUAUAUUGAUCCAGAUGCCAACAAGAUAGUGAGCAGUCUUCCAAUUUUACAUUCUGACUAUAGUGCUCCAGACGAACAUAUAGUAUUUCUGAGGAAAUUCUUCCGAUCCCACGAUACUCAGACACUUAUGAAGAUUUUUAGAAAACUAUACAUGGUGGAAUGUAGAAGAUUGAGUCCUCUAACUAGAGCAGUUGUCUCCAUAGCUGCAACCGUCUAUGGCAACAUAAGAGCAUGUGGACAUGAUAUACAUGUCACAGAGUUACUACAGAUUCUUUCCAAACCAAACUUUCAGGCGUUGCUUUACUGCCAUGACAAAAUAGCAUCACGUGACUUUAGUCCACAGCUAAGUGAAGACUUUGAUGCGCAUAAUGGAGACGAACAAACCGAACAUGUUACUGUAAUACAGUUUAUAAAAACAAGCGAACCACUUGGUGCAACUUUACAAUACAACGACGAGACGGGUUCUUUACAAAUAGCAAGAAUCAUGGUCGGCGGGGCAGCUGAUAGAAGUGGGUUGUUACAUAUUGGUGAUGAGAUUUUAGAAGUUGCUGGUAAUAGUGUCCGAGAUAAGACACCGGAUGAAGUUGUACAAAUGCUGGGCAAGAUGACUGGUUCGAUCUCAAUGAAAAUUGUCUCAGGGGCUAGUAGGCUUGUCACACUCAGAGAAAGUAAGAUGAGAGUGCGAGCAUUCUUUGAUUAUAAUCCAAUAAAUGACGUGUUGAAUCCAUGUCCCGAUGCUGGGUUGAACUUUUGUCGAGGGGAGGUCUUGCACAUUGUGAGUCAAGACGACCCCUGGUGGUGGCAAGCACGAAAGGAGGGGGAGCUAACUGGUAAAACCGGACUCAUACCUGCGAGGCAGCUUCAAGAAAGGACUGAAAUGAUGAAGCGUUACCAUAGCGACGAAGAUUUACGUGACUGUACAGGGCGCUCUUCUCGUGGAACAAGUCCGUGUCGAAUAAGCCCUAAAGUACCUCGAUCCCGAAGAAUAAAGAAAACGAUGUAUCAGGCGCAGCACAGUGGAGGUACACCUGAGAUCUACCGUAGAGAAUACGACAUUGAAGAUAUCCCAACAUACGAAGAGGUGGAGCUUUUCCAACCCCCACACGACAGAUUCCGUCCAGUAGUUCUUAUAGGUCCACCCGGAGCUGGAAGAAAUGAAUUAAAGAGACGCGUGAUGACGUAUGCCCCGGAUACUUUCGAGGAAGUUGUACCUUACACAAGCCGGAAGCGGAAACAACACGAGCAAGAUUCGAGGGAGUACCAUUUUGUGCCUCGCGAGGAGAUGGAGCGAGGGAUUAUCAAUCACAAAUUUGUAGAGUUUGGUGAAUUUAAAGGGAAUCUGUACGGUACGAGUUAUGCGUCAAUUCGGUCAGUGAUUCAGUCCGGAAGAAUCUGCUUAUUAACUCCUCAUACACAGGCUUUGAAAUUUUUGCGAUCAGCAGAAAUCAAGCCAUUUGUCAUAUACAUCAAGCCGCCGCCAUUAGAGGUUCUCCGAAUGACUCGUAGACAAAAUAGAGCGAUGAAAACAUUAGAAGGCGGAAUGACCCGUCUUCUUACA